UCUAAGUGCUCGCAUUUUCUCGCGAGAUUGUUUAUGGUAAUGGCGGCAGAAUUUAAACAGAAAAUUUAUCAAAGCACAAAUGUCGAGGAUAUGCAAUUGCACAACAUGAGUAUAGUCUGCUGCCAAGGUCUUGCCUAGUUGAGAAUUUCUCCAGGCGGGUUCGGCAUCAUCAUGGGUGAUCUCUACGUGGAGGAUGCUGUAGAAUAUUUCACGAAUCCACAUUCCCGCACAGCAACAAGAGGCAAUGUUCCACUCAGCAAUGCCCUGGCGGCCAUUAAUAAAGAAGCCAGUGCGAAUGGUCUGUCUCCAGAUAGCAUAACGAUUCUACUGGAUGUGGCGGCCAGCUCCAGAUUUUCCGACACCGUCAGCCAGAAGCUAGUGAAGUGUCUGAUACCUAGGCACACCGUGAGUGAGGAUGCGGUCGUCAGGGCGAUAUCGUGGCUGUGCACCAAUAUACCAUCCUCCAAUCUCCAGGCAUUAAUUGUGCGAUGGAUCCUUCUCGUAUAUGACCUCAUCGACAGCAAGGACAGACUGCACGCCCUCUAUGGGCUCAUAUUCCACUUCAUCGAAGAUGACACUAUGUGCCCAUACAUCUGCCACUUGCUCCACUUGCUGACGCGAAGAGAAGACGUUCGUUUAUUUCGCAUCCGUCGCCUUCUCAACCUGCAGAGUCGUGUCGGAGUGCAGACUUACAUCAGUGGCUUGCUAUCCAUAUACAGGCUCUACUACCCAAACAUUGUCUCUCUCGUGAUGUCCGGACGCAGAAAGAUCUUCUUCAAGAACACAGACACGGCGUGGGCGCAGGUCAUACGUAAGGUUCAAGCCCGUGCCAAUGCUGUACAGAGACCCAUCACGGUUCAAGUUCCUAGCCUGGCUGUACGUGGAACCAAGCCUAGACACAAGCGAGCAAAGCUGCAGCUCGUGCCGUCACUGCAGUCAGCGGUUGACCAGACGGACGUCACCGUGCCGACCGACAGCAUCCAGACAAGCAUCAGCAUCACGGCUGGAAUGAAGCUGGAACAGAUUCACACAUUCGAAGAUCUGCUCACUAAUGUAGAUAGACUUGAGCUUCCAAUGCAGGUGGCAGCACUGUUGCGGCAUCCUCACCUGCAGCAUCUGCUGCUGUGCUCGUCGGACAGGUUGUUAACAACUCGUCUCAGCUACUGGCUUCAUCACACACUGCAAGAGGAGUUGAUCCUCGGUAAUGGAGAGAAUGAUGCUGUGAGAGAAUUACUCGACAUGGUCGUCACCUUCACCGACUUCAUCCAGGAGGGUGUUCCGGUGCUUGAUGACAUCAUCAUCAGGUAUCUGAUGGUGUGGAAUGGUCGCGACUACAGAUCUCACGUCCUUCAGCUGAUCACGAGAAUGGGCAUGAUGCCCUUCUCAGACCUGCGUGAGUGCAUCCUCGAGCCGCUGCGUCAGAUAUACUGCUCCUCCUCCGUCUACGUCAAGUGUCAGGUGCUCUACUGCCUCCUACAGUUGCUCACAAACUACAGCGCCCUCGAGUGGGUAACACCAGACCCAAACUCCAACACACUACCGCUGCCAAACACGACCAGCGUGUUCAGUCCGAAGGCGGACACACAGGCCUUGGCGCUCACCACCAUACAGGAGUUGAUAGCUUACAUUGACAAGCUGUGUGUGCUGGGUCUCACGCAGGAACGAGAUCAUGCGUUCCUCAUGCACUACACUCUCUCCUACAUGGAGCUGGCAUCGACUUUGGGCCAGCGAUUCGGAGUUCCGCUCCAGCAGGUAGUGUCAGCGUUCCUCAUCUACCGCUGCGUGUUUGCGCUGCACGCGAUGGCGGUGUCGCGUGUCUGCGGGGUCAUCUGUGACUACUGUGAGCAGUACCGCAUGAUGGCGAAGAAGGCCGGCGACGCAGGGAAGCAGGAGGGGUGGGACUUCAUCGUGAACACGCUCAACGGCUACACGCUGGACAUCUGUGACACGCUGUGGCGGUCCAAGGCCUUCAGCUUCCACCUAAACCCGAAAAGAAGCACAAUGAUCUACCAUCUGACUAGUGCGGACGCGGUGGCACGCACCCGGGUGGCAAACUUCCACACCGCCUUCUCUCUGCUGCAGCAUCCUGCUCUGAUGGGCUUCACACAAAGCUUUCUGAAGCAGCAACCCGACGAGGAUCGGUCCCUCGGGCACGCGCACAAACAUCGAGGCAAGCUGCUCACGCAUUUACAGGAGCGCCACCUGCAGGGAGUUGAUCGAUUUAUCCAUACCUUCAUCAGGAGCAAAGACUGAAGAGCAACCUCCUCUAGACUCACUCGCACCACGCCUACUGCAUUGCUUACUUGCUUAUAUAUACCUCGUUUGCUUGACCAGUUAUAUGUAUAAUUAGCGGUAAAACCUCGUGUGAGAAAGUGAUGGGAUGGAAUGCUGGGCCUGCUCUUUGGUCAAUGAGAUUUGCGUUUGGGGGAUUUACAAAUCGUUUCGGACAGAGGGAGCGUAACUGAAUGGCACUGGGAUGGUGAGGUUGUGCCACUGGUCAUAUCUGUAACCUUUUGUAUAUAUAUACCAUUAGAUCUAGCAAACUACAGAUUAGAGAAGUCACGUGUGUGUUGCUGGUGCGACUUGUGUGGCUUUAUAUCAUGUUGGUGUUCCUUAUGGGACCUGUUUGUAACAAGCACCGACAUUCACUGGAACUAUUGUCUAUAAGAGUCUCAUUCGCUUGUUAUUGGACGCAAUGUGCUAGUAGCCAGUUGUAAAUGUUCUUUUCUCAUGUAUGUACGUAUGUAUUAUAUCACUUUCUUUUUUGCGGUUAUUAGUUUUAGUUCCGCAAACAAUCCUGUCAAAUGUUUUACCAAUAUGAAGAGUGACAGAUCAUUGGAAAAUUAGAACAUUUUGUGAAAAAUCAACAGAUUAUAUUCCAAGAUGAAAAUUUCUGCUGCCACAAUGAAAUGCAGCAUGUGUGUACAGUGCCAUUGUAGAGAAAAUAAAAUAUAUAUUCUAUGAAUUAAAUGCAAAA